AUGUAUGCUUUCCUCGGGGAAGAAAAUUCAUAUCCGGUAAUCAUAAGCAACAGCCUGAUAAAGGAUCAAGAAGCAAGGCUACUGAUCGUGCUGGGCAAGAACAAGAAAGCAAUUGGAUGGAGCCUUACAGAUUUGGUAGGGAUAAGCCCCGAUGUCUCCCAAUCCCCUACGGACCCCACGGAAGAAGAAGAGAACAUCGAAGAGGAGGAAGAGGGAAAGGCUGGAGGGGAUGACCAAACUACUGGGGCAGGGGAUGAGGAUGAAGAAAAACUGAUUGAGGUGGGUGAUGAAGGUGAUGAGGGUAGUGAUGCAAAGGGAGAUGAGAAGGUUGAGCGUAGUGAGGCAGAUGGAGAUAAGGAGGCUGAUUCUGAGGGCGAGGGGGAUAAAGACGAUGGUAGGAUAGUUGGAGACGAGAAAGCAGUUGAGAGCGAUGCAGUGUCUGAGAAGGUUGAUGAGGAGGAAGCUGAGAAAGAAAUUGAGGCCGAGAUUGUUUUGAUAGAUGAUGUUAAGUUAGAGGACAAGGGAAACCCGACGGAUGAGAGAACGUCAUAG